CAGUGAGUCGGGAACAGCUGAGACUCGAGAAGCCUAGAGUCGCAUUGCUUUGCUCUCUCUCUGCGCCCAAAAGGAGAAAGUCCAGUACUGUUCUUUCUCUUCAAAACCUCCCGGCGAAACCUUUCAAUCCACCGUGCAUCCGCUGCUAAUCUGACUGCGAAGUGCACGCAUCACAGCAUGAGUCGAUACGACAGCCGCUCCAGCGACCCCGGUUCGUAUCGUGACCGUAGAAGUGAUUCUGGGUUUGGUGGGGCGGGACUUGGAGGAGUUCGUUCCUCUUCUAGCAGGAGGGACUACGAUGGGGCUGAGCCGGCGCGGAAGUUGGAUUUGGAUGGGUUGACUCCGUUUGAGAAGAAUUUCUACAUUGAGUCACAGGCUGUUGCGGCAAUGUCAGAGAGUGAAGCUGAGGAGUAUCGGAGGCGGCGGGAAAUCAUAGUUGAAGGCCGGGAUGUGCCAAAGCCAGUAAAGACUUUCCGCGAUGUGGGGUUUCCAGAUUAUGUUCUGCAAGAAAUUGCGAAAGCUGGUUUUUCAGAGCCCACACCUAUACAAGCUCAAGGUUGGCCAAUGGCUCUGAAGGGCCGUGAUCUAAUUGGCAUUGCUGAAACAGGAUCAGGAAAGACACUGGCGUACCUAUUGCCAGCCAUAGUUCAUGUGAAUGCUCAGCCAAUUUUAGCUCCUGGAGAUGGUCCAAUUGUGUUAGUUUUAGCUCCUACACGUGAACUUGCUGUUCAGAUACAACAAGAAGCUGCUAAAUUUGGUGCAUCAUCAAGGAUUAAAAAUACCUGCAUAUAUGGUGGGGUUCCAAAGGGACCUCAAGUUCGUGACCUUCAGAAAGGUGUUGAGAUUGUUAUUGCUACCCCGGGAAGGUUGAUAGAUAUGAUGGAAUCUCAUCAUACCAACCUGCGAAGGGUUACAUAUCUUGUGUUGGAUGAGGCAGAUAGGAUGCUGGACAUGGGCUUUGAUCCUCAGAUUCGAAAGAUUGUUUCUCAGAUUCGCCCAGAUCGUCAAACCCUCUACUGGAGUGCGACAUGGCCCAAGGAGGUUGAACAACUUGCACGACAAUUCCUUUACAACCCGUACAAAGUGGUUAUAGGUUCUCCAGAGCUGAAAGCUAACCAUGCCAUUCGCCAGAUUGUGGAAAUUGUUUCUGAGAAUCAGAAGUAUAACAAAUUGGUAAAGUUGCUAGAGGAUAUUAUGGAUGGUAGCCGAAUUCUGAUCUUUAUGGACACCAAGAAAGGCUGUGACCAGAUCACUCGGCAGCUUCGCCAGGAUGGAUGGCCUGCUCUCUCCAUUCAUGGGGAUAAAAGUCAAGCUGAAAGGGAUUGGGUCCUCUCAGAGUUUAAAGCUGGGAAGAGUCCUAUAAUGACUGCGACAGAUGUUGCAGCUCGUGGUUUAGAUGUGAAGGAUGUGAAAUAUGUGAUCAACUAUGAUUUUCCGGGAUCCCUUGAGGAUUAUGUUCACCGCAUUGGUCGAACAGGAAGGGCUGGUGCCAAAGGAACUGCAUACACUUACUUCACUGCUGCGAAUGCUAGAUUUGCAAAAGAACUUAUUAACAUUCUCCAGGAGGCUGGCCAGAAAGUCAGUCCUGAUCUGUCAGCUAUGGGGCGUGGUGCACCUCCAUCCUCAUCAGGUCAAGGGGGCUUCCGAGAGCGUGGCCGAGGUUAUGGUGGUGGUCGCUCUUGGAGCUAAUGACUUUUGAGAUGCAUGCCAGUGAGGAUCUCUCACUGCAAGUGCUCUGUGAGGCUUCUACUAUUGUUUUAACUGUGCGACAUCUUAUUUGUGUCAUCCUUGUAAUUUAGUGCUCUCCAAUUUGUUAAAUUAGAGAAGACUAAAAGUAGAGGUUGAAAGCUCAUGUGGCAAUUAGGAUUGAGCCAUCUCUGUAAGAUUAAUACCUUUCUCACCCACUUUUACUGGUGGUUGCAGCAAGGAGAGAAAUAACUUACGUGCUUUAUUUCAUAUCUGCCUAUUGUUACAUGUUGUAUUUUGGGUUAUUUCGAUUGAAUAUUUUUCUCAGAUCUCUUUGCAAUGAAACACUUUAGUCGUUUUUAGCUAUAUUUACCUUCAAUUUUGGAGAAAUUUUCCUAAUUUGGCGUACCUAAGUGUUGAAAGUUCCCACCCAUACUAGGGUCUAGGU